AUGACUGGACUACUUCAGCUGUUGUUACUGGUCAGCGUGGCCAUGGCUUCCGAGCCAUCGUGUCCAGCAUGUUCCAAAUACGACUACGAAGAAAAGAUGCUUGAGAGAAUGAUCCGCAUGGAAUUCGUAUUUGAGAAAGUGUUAAAGGAAAACAAGGCUUUAAGCAAAACUGUUGAGCAAGACUUAAUGCUUAUCAAUGAGGAAAGCGAACGUUUGCACGUGACCGUUGAUUCCCUAAAGGAUCAACAGGAGCAAGCUGAACGCAGACUGGAUUCGCUCAUGGAGGGAAUUGAGAGAAACCAGUCCAGCACACUGGAAAAGAUAGUUUCCGAUUCAAACUCUACGUUAGAACACACUGUUGCCACCAUCAAUGAUAUGAGAGACCAAAUCGCUAUUCCAUUGGAGUACUUCCACGACCGCUCUCCACAGACCAGUAGCCUGUCCACAGGUGAGGUGAUCGUAUACAAGACAGUGAUGACACACCAGGGAAACGGCUACAGCGCCACCACGGGCAAGUUUACCGCUCCAGCACGGGGGCUCUACUCGUUCUUUAUGCACACAUGUACGCGGUCAAAUAAAUAUGCUGCUCUCCAGAUAGUGAAGGAAGGCUCAGUCCUCAUUACAAGUGUACGGUAUGAAAAGGACCAAUCCGCCUGUUCUAGUAGUCAGGUUUUUGUACACAUUGAUGCCGGGGAAACUGUCUGGGUACAAUGCUCCAGUGGGGGCUCGAACAUACAACUGUAUGAGGGUCAUCCUCAUUAUUGGACCAGUUUUGGUGGUGCUCUCAUCCACAACUGA